AUGCUGUUGGUGAUCGUGAUAAAACAUACAUACACGGACGGAAAAGACGGAGGCAAAGUGACGGAGGGGCCACCAAUUCCACGUCCAGCUGGGGUGGUUGAGCAGAGUGCUGGAGGAGGACGACAGCGUUGUCGCGGACGGUUUCCGUUGACGACGAGCCCAUGGAUUAUUGAGGCGCAUUCCGGGAAGAGGAAAGCAACUGGUGGGCGCUGGCUAGGCUGGUACGGUACGAGCAAUACGCCAGAUCUGGACGUGUAUCGACGCCUCUGCGGGGGGCUGGCCGGUAAUCUGGUACCGGCGGAAGGCGAUGCGCACUCUAGUGGCUUGGCUUUCUUGGCAGGUUGA